CCCAGAUUGCACUUCCCUUUUGGCCUGGGAUGUCUAUAAAAAGAAGAGAAGAUGGCUUGAGAUGCCAGAAGCACAGGAGCAGCAGCACUAUCCAGGCCUCUCUCGUUCUGCUGACACUCGAGCCUGUGCUCCACUGACUGCUCAGCACCAUGAAGGUCUCCGUGGCUGUCCUCGCUGCCGUCCUCUGCACCAUGACUCUCUGCCACCAGGUCUUCUCUGCACCAAUAGGUGCUGACACGCCGACAGCCUGCUGCUUCACCUAUGCCUCCAAGAAGAUUCCACGUGCAUACGUAGCUGACUAUUAUGAGACCAGCAGCCAGUGCUCUCAGCCAGGUGUCAUCUUCAUAACCAAGAGAGGCCGGGAGGUCUGUGCUGAUCCCAAUGAGACCUGGGUCCAAGAUUACAUCAAUGAUCUGGAACUGAAUGCUUGAGUGGCCUGGAAGUAGUCAAGAAUCCACUGACCUCUGUGAGGGAGCAAGAACCAAAGCCUUGGAAACAAUCCUGUAACCUCCACAGCUACCUCUUCUGUGGGAACUGUUAAAUCUUAAUUUAUUUAUGCUAUUUAAUUGUUAAAUUUAAUAUUUAUUUAUAUACUGAGUUCAUAUGAAAGAUCUCAGGAUCAUCUCCUUCCCCUUUUCUUACCCUGAAUUUGGUGACAGUUGAGUGGCUGUCAUCAGCUAUCUCUAGGCAGACAUGAUACCAAAGGAACCAAACUGACAAAUAUGUAGUAGACCCUUUUAGUCUGUGCUGUGUUCAGCCUGAUGAAAUAAUAAAGAUGCUUUUUAAAAAGUUAAA